AAUCCAGCAUAGGUCGAAGUGAAAACGGCAUCACACGGGUAGUGGAGACUGUGUGGUUGAUGUGUAGCAUGGCAGCCAGUUUCCUAGCGUAAAGAAACCAAUCGAUGCUGACAUGUGUCCUUGUGUCAUGCCUAACAAGUCUGCUGAAAGCAGAUGUAUGGUGUUUUACAUUGGAAAACUGCAGAAGAAGUCUUCAGAAGAAAAACUGUUUUAUCAACUUGCUUACAAGUCUCUCCAUAAAGUCCGUUUGGGAAGGAAAACCUCUGCAGGAAUUCCCCAUGAGGGUGCAGAAGAGGGGUUGUUUAAGCAGUAUGAGGGUGAUGAUACAGAUAAGCAGCAGACUUACAUCCAGUGGCGUGCCGCUAUGGAGAUGGAUAUACUGGCCAGGCUAACAGCUGGUCACAGAACAACGAUCUACAUCCAGCCAAUAGGCACUAUCCCGGCAUCAGUGCUAAACUUCUCCCUAGAGAUUAACAAUGAAUGCAUGCCUCUGUUAGACAUUCUCAGAUGCUUUACAGAGAUUUUUUUCACACCAAAGCAGGCGACUGUUUUACCAGCAGUCCACAUCUCUGAAGCAGGCUGGGUCAUCGGGGAACGGACAAGUAAGCUGACAGGAGAACCUCAGCUGUUGGUCCGCGACUUUUAUCCGUAUCUGUUUAAGCGCGUGCCGAGGGAUGGCGUCUGCAUCAUGGGGUUGUCCUGGCUGGACCUCUACCCGUGUGACAAGCUGAACUUUGUCCUGGGCGAGUCCUCGUGUGCUCAUAAAGCAGGUGUGUUCUCUUUUGGGAGAUUUGAUUCCAGAGUACCCCAGCAACCUUCAGAGGGUGUGGCAGUAGAUGGUCCUAUGUUGUGGCAACUUCUGAAGACACUAACACAUGAAGUGUGUCAUCUGUUACGUCUGGAGCAUUGCCCGUUUUUCUGGUGCACGAUGAAUGCAAGCCACACAGUGAGAGAGGCCAUGGAGCAGCCAUUAUUCCUCUGUCCUGUGUGCAUGAGGAAAGUCCAGAAGGUGUGUCGCUUUAGUCUUCUGGAACGUUACACAAACAUGUCCACCUUCCUGAAACAGGUCAAUCAACAAUGUCAGUUUGUGAAAUUUAUGGAGUCCAUAGAAUGGCUGGAAAAAGUGAUGAACUUCUUAAUGCAGACAAAUAAUCCCAGAUAA